AUGGCUCCGCGACCUCGAUCAAACGGCGUGGACACCGACGCGUCCAUGUCCGACGCUCCAGAGCAUCCCCAUGCUGAGGAAAUGGAGGUCGAUGAGACUCCCGACUAUACCGACUCCGAUACCAACCCGAACACUACGGCUAGCAGCGUGGCUGGCGAACCCCUCACAGACGGCAGGAAGCGACGCACCGAGGCGAACCAACUGCGUCGAAGUAUCUUUGGAAAGAAGCAUGAUCGCCUUGGAGAAUCAAAGGAAGAUGACACAAUUCGACGAUUUCGUUACCUUCUCGGUCUUACCGACUUGUUCCGGCACUUUAUCGAGACAAAUCCCGAUCCUAAGAUCAGAGAAAUCAUGACCGAGAUUGACCAUCAGAAUGCUGAAGCUGCUCGAGUAAAGAAAGGCGCUGGCAGAAAAGGAGGCGCUACAAGCGAGAGACGGCGACGAACUGAAGCUGAAGAAGAUGCAGAGCUCCUGAGCGACGAGAAGCAUGGUGGAUCCGCUGAUACUGUGUUCAGAGAGUCACCUUCCUUUGUACAGGGAGUCAUGAGAGACUACCAAGUUGCGGGUCUGAAUUGGUUAAUCUCGCUGCAUGAGAACGGUAUUUCGGGCAUCUUGGCUGACGAAAUGGGCCUGGGGAAAACACUACAAACCAUUUCCUUUCUGGGUUAUCUCCGCCACAUCAUGGGUAUUACUGGACCCCAUCUUGUGACAGUGCCCAAGUCAACGCUCGACAAUUGGAAGCGAGAGUUUGCAAAGUGGACUCCAGAAGUCAAUGUGCUUGUGCUCCAAGGUGCCAAAGAUGAGCGUCAUGAGCUCAUAAACGAACGCCUCGUCGACGAAAAGUUUGACGUCUGCAUUACUAGCUACGAAAUGGUUUUGAGAGAAAAGGCGCAUCUCAAGAAAUUCGCUUGGGAGUACAUCAUCAUUGAUGAGGCACAUCGCAUUAAAAAUGAAGAGUCAUCUCUAUCGCAGGUCAUCCGACUCUUCAACUCCCGCAACAGACUUCUCAUUACAGGUACACCUCUACAAAACAACUUGCACGAGCUCUGGGCUCUGCUCAACUUCCUCCUUCCUGAUGUCUUUGGCGAUGCCGAUGCAUUUGAUCAGUGGUUUUCAGGACAAGACCAAGAUCAAGACAAGGUCGUGCAGCAAUUACAUCGAGUCUUGCGUCCGUUCUUGCUCCGACGUGUCAAGAGUGAUGUUGAAAAGAGUCUCUUACCAAAGAAGGAAGUCAAUGUAUACUUGGGCAUGUCUGAAAUGCAGGUCAAAUGGUAUCAAAAGAUUUUGGAAAAGGAUAUCGAUGCUGUUAAUGGUGCUGGAGGAAAGAGAGAGUCUAAGACCAGACUUUUGAACAUUGUGAUGCAGCUACGAAAGUGCUGCAACCACCCCUACCUCUUUGAGGGCGCUGAGCCAGGUCCCCCAUACACAACUGAUGAACAUUUAAUUUACAAUGCAGGCAAGAUGAAGGUCUUGGACAAGCUGCUAGCACGACUUCAGAAGCAAGGCAGCAGAGUCCUGAUCUUUUCUCAAAUGAGUCGAUUGCUUGAUAUCUUGGAAGAUUAUUGCGUUUUCAGGCAGUAUAAGUAUUGCCGUAUUGAUGGUGGAACCGCUCACGAGGACCGAAUUGCUGCUAUCGACGAGUACAACAAGCCUGGAUCAGAAAAAUUCGUCUUUCUGCUGACAACGAGAGCUGGUGGUUUGGGCAUCAACCUGACAACAGCCGACAUAGUCAUUCUCUACGAUAGCGACUGGAACCCUCAGGCGGAUCUGCAGGCCAUGGAUCGCGCGCACCGUAUCGGACAGACGAAACAAGUCGUAGUGUACAGAUUCGUCACUGACAAUGCUAUCGAAGAGAAGGUGCUCGAACGAGCAGCCCAAAAAUUACGACUCGACCAGGUCGUCAUUCAACAGGGUCGCGCUCAGGUUGCAGCCAAGGCCGCUGCAAACAAGGAUGAGCUCUUGAAUAUGAUCCAGCACGGUGCUGAGAAAGUAUUCCAGUCCAAGGGCCCCACUGAUGAAACGGCAAACAAAGAAAAGGAGUUGAACGAUGAAGAUAUUGACGAGAUCUUGAGCCGAGGCGAGUCACGUACCAAAGAGCUCAAUGCUCGGUAUGAAAAGCUUGGCAUUGAAGAUCUUCAGAAAUUCACAUCUGAAUCUGCCUACGAGUGGAAUGGAGAAAACUUCGCCCAGGCCAAGAAGAAUAUUGGCAUGAACUGGAUUAAUCCAUCUAAGCGGGAGCGCAGGGAACAGAGCUACUCUAUGGACAAGUACUUUAGACAGGCCAUGUAUCCCAAUCCCAAGGCCGAUGCCAAGCCUAAAGCUCCCCGAGCGCCCAAGCAGGUGCCGGUCCAUGACUAUCAAUUUUAUCCACCUCGCUUGCAAGAUCUUCAGGAUAGAGAAACAGCAUUUUACCGCAAGGAAAUUGGCUACAAGGUGCCAUUAGCAGACGGGGAUGACGAUAACCUAUCAGAACGCGAAGCCGAGAGAGCGCUUGAGCAGCAAGAGAUUGAUAAUGCGACACCUCUCACGGAAGAAGAGCGAGCAGAGAAGGAGGAACUCUCCAAUCAGGGAUUUGGUCACUGGAACCGCCGUGAUUUCCAACAGUUUGUGAACGGAUCUGGCAAAUAUGGACGCAAUGAUUUCCAGGGCAUUUCCAAUGAGAUUGACAGCAAGACGCCAGCGGAAAUCCGCUGGCUAGAGGGAUCAAACCAGGUUUCAGGAGAACAGGACGUGGGUACGAAAUUAGAAAGGUUUCAUGACCAAAAUUUUACGGCGGCGUUUCAUACUUGGGAGAGAUUAAUACGAAUGAACUCGAACUUGGUUGAAGGUUUCCUCUGUCAGCGGAGACAUGUUUUUUUAUUGGCUUCUUGUUACUCGUGUAGAAACGAUUUCGUCGACUCUUGAAGGCUUUUUAUCUGCCCAAAAAAAAAGAGAAAAUAAAGAUAGUUACGUUGUUUGUAAGUAGUAGGUAGUAAUGUCAAGAAACCACCCGUCUUGAG